AUUGGGCAAAUGUAUGGCAAAGGUCAUCGUCAUAAUAAUUUUUUCAUAGUGGGGGUUAAUUGCAAAGCACGUGCUCAAGAAGAUGUCCAGUUCUGCACAUAACUAGACGUUUAAAGAGAGUGGAAGAGUGCUUGUGCCAAAGAGGUCUAACCAAAUUAAGUGUUUUUUAACUAAAAAAUAAUUAUUGAACAAGAGAAAUGGCUCUUGGAGCAUCAGUGAAUGAAACGAAGUUUGAUUCUGAGACUUUGGAAUCUAAAGGUGAUACAGUGAAUAAUAAACUUGAUGAGAACUUACAAGAUCACACAGUAACCAAAGAAGAAAGAAGCAAACUGACCAAAGAUGAGGAAGAAAAGGAAAAAGACGAAUCUGAGGAAGGAAAAAAUAAAGAUGAGGUUAUUUUUAUACAGGAUGUUGGUUUCUCUGUCAAAAUUAUUAGUCCUGGUGCAGAACCGUUUGACAUACAGGUUUCAAGUAUGGAACUAGUUCAAGAAAUACAUCAGUUACUCAUGGAUAGAGAAGAUACCUGCCAUCGCACCUGCUUUUCUCUACAAUUGGACGGAAAUACAUUAGACAAUUUUGCAGAAUUAAAAAAUAUUGAAGGCUUGAAAGAAGGGUCUAUAAUAAAAGUUGUAGAGGAACCUUACACGAUGCGUGAGGCGAGAAUACAUGUCAGACAUGUAAGAGAUUUACUAAAAUCUUUGGAUCCUGCUGAUGCAUACAAUGGAGUUGAGUGCAAUUCGUUAAGUUUCCUAAAUACAAUUACUCAAGGUGAUAUUUUAGAAAAGAAAAAGAUGCGCCCAGAAAGUGUAGAUUGUACGCCUCCCGACUAUAUUAUGCCAGAUAGCAAAGAAAGAUCUCUAACUGCCCUACAACCUCAGAUUAAAGAACAAAAAUCUCCUCAGUGUAUCAAAGUUUUGACAACUUCAGCGUGGAAUCCACCACCCGGACAUAGAAAAAUUCAUGGAGACUUGAUGUAUUUGUAUGUUGUCACUUUAGAGGAAAAGCACUAUCAUAUUUCAGCUUGUUCACGUGGAUUUUAUAUUAACCAAUCAAGUGCUGAAGAAUUUAACCCAAAAGCAGCUUCUCCUAGUCAUUUGUGCCACUCACUGAUAGAACUUCUUAACCAGAUUUCGCCUCAGUUCAAAAGAAACUUUGCACUGCUUCAGAAAAAAAGAAGUCAGCGACAUCCUUUUGAAAGGGUAGCUACUCCUUAUCAGUUAUAUGCCUGGACUGCCCCCACUAUGGAUCACACUUUGGACGCCAUCAGGGCAGAAGACACAUUUUCUUCAAAAUUGGGAUAUGAGGAACAUAUUCCAGGACAAACGAGAGACUGGAACGAAGAACUCCAAACAACUCGCGAACUUCCAAGAAAAACCUUGCCCGAAAGACUUUUACGAGAACGUGCUAUUUUUAAAGUGCAUAGUGAUUUUGUUGCCGCUGCUACCAGAGGUGCUAUGGCUGUUAUAGACGGAAAUGUAAUGGCUAUCAAUCCAGGAGAAGAAGCAAAAAUGCAGAUGUUUAUUUGGAACAAUAUAUUCUUUUCACUUGGAUUUGACGUGAGAGACCAUUAUAAGGAGUUAGGAGGAGACGCUGCUGCUUUUGUUGCCCCGAGAAAUGAUCUGCAAGGUGUACGUGUAUACAGCGCAGUAGACUUGCCUGGUCUUUACACCCUUGGAACGGUCGUUAUUGACUAUAGAGGCUACAGAGUCACAGCACAGUCAAUUAUUCCGGGAAUUUUAGAAAGAGAACAGGAACAGUCGGUUGUGUACGGAUCCAUUGAUUUUGGAAAAACUGUUCUUACACAUGCGAAAUAUUUGGAUUUGUUGAACAAAGCUGGUCAGCAAUUGAAGAUACUUCCACAUCAUGUUAUAAAUGAAAAGGGCGAAUCUGUAGAGUUAUGUUCAAGUGUGGAAUGUAAAGGUAUUAUUGGUAACGAUGGAAGAUAUUAUAUUUUAGAUUUGUUGAGGACUUUUCCUCCAGAUGUCAAUUUCUUAAAAUUGGAAGGAGAAGAGUUGAGCCGUGAAGUUAACCUGUUCGGAUUUCCGAUUGAACAUAAACAUAAACUUUGUUGUUUGAGGCAGGAACUCAUCGACAGCUUUGUGGAUUCGCGCUAUAUGAUGUUCAUUAAAUAUGCAGCCUAUCAUUUGCAACAGUUGAAUUUGAAAAAGACUGAAGAAAAACAAAAGCAUGACGAAAGUGUCAAAGCCAUAGAGGAAAACAAAAAGGAUGAUGCAAGUAAAGAUAAUAAAGAAAGCGAAGAAAUAACUAAAGAUAAUGAGACAGAAAAGGAUAAUUCCGAAGACAAGAAAAGUCAAUUAGAAGAUGCAGAAGCUAAGAAAAUUGUUGAAAGUAUAACGGAUGGUAGCAAACUUGAGCUAGAAGAAAGCACCAAGAACAUAGUGAAAACUGCUUCCAUGGCUGUAGGAUCUCUUAAGGAUACAGAAUUUGAUAUAAGAUUUAACCCAGAUGUAUUUUCUCCCGGAAUUAAACAUUGUCCAAACUCCGAUCCUCCUAUGGCAAAACAAAAACAACUGAUCAAAGAUGCUGCAGAAUUUUUGUUGACUGUUCAGAUUCCUACGUUCAUUCGUGACUGUCUGGAUCACUCUUCUGCACCAAUGGAUGGUACAACGUUAUCGGAAGCACUGCACAAUAAAGGUAUAAAUAUUAGAUACCUUGGUAAAGUUACACAUUUAUUAGCAAAAGUUAAGCAACUCGAGUACCUGUACAGCAUUGCCGCUUCUGAAUUGAUAUUAAGAUCAGCUAAGCAUAUUUUUACUUCGUACUUACAGGGUUGUGAAAUGAUGAAUCUAUCGGUAGCUAUUGCGCACUUUUUGAACUGCUUCUUAUACUCUGGUCCUAUGACUAAUCCACUACAAGGUCAAGAUGAGAACAAAAAUAACAAGAAGAGAAAUAAAAGAAGGGGAAGGACUAAUCCAUUAUCUUGCCAAGAUAACAAUGAAUGGGCCACCCUUACUCCUAAGACUCUGUGGAACCAAAUAAAAACAGAACUGAAAGCAUAUUUCGACUAUGAGUUGCUUUCUAGUGAUAUUGAAACUACGAUAGAAACUUACAAUCUGCAAAAGAUUUCAUUACUAAGAUCUUUCUGUAUUAAAACUGGUAUUCAGAUUUUAUUAAGAGACUAUAAUUUCGAUUCUAAAAACAAAUUAAUGUUCUACGAAGAAGAUAUACUAAAUAUUUUCCCGAUUGUCAAACACAUAACUCCUAGAGCAACAGACGCUUACAACUUUUAUACAACUGGUCAGACUAAAAUUCAACAAGCCGCUUUGAAAGAGGGAUACGAACUCAUAAGCGAAUCUUUGAAUUUGUUAAAUAAUGUAUACGGAGCGAUGCAUCCGGAAAUCGCACAAUGUUUAAGAAUGAUCGCAAGACUGAAUUAUAUUAUGGGAGAACAUGGGGAAGCUAUGGCAUACCAACAGAAAGCUGUAUUUAUGUCGGAAAGGGUGAAUGGUAUUGAUCAUCCAUACACCAUUACUGAAUAUGCCCAUUUGGCAUUAUACUGUUUUGCCAACAGUCAAGUGAGCACAGCUCUAAAGUUAUUAUACAGAGCAAGAUAUCUUGCAAUCCUAGUCUGCGGAGAAAAUCAUCCAGAAGUCGCUUUACUUGAUAGUAACAUUAGUUUAAUUCUUCACGCUGUUGGCGAGUACGACCUAUCUUUACGUUUUCUGGAAAAAGCUUUGGCUUUAAAUAUUAAAUAUUAUGGAGCCAAAUCACUUAAGGUAGCUGUCAGUUAUCACUUGGUAGCCAGGACGCAAAGUUGUAUGGGAAACUUCAGAUCUGCGUUAAACAGUGAAAAGGAAGCCUACGCAAUAUACAAACAGCAGCUUGGCGAUAAUCACGACAAAACCAAGGAAUCUUCGGAGUGUUUAAAACAUUUGACGCAGCAAGCUGUAGUCCUUCAAAAGAAGAUGAAUGAAAUAUACACUGGUAAAAAUGGAGCUUCACUGCCACCAAUACAAAUUCAACCGCCUUCCAUGGGAUCUGUGUUAGAUAUGUUGAAUAUCAUUAAUGGAAUCAUUUUUGUUCAAAUUAGUCAAGAAGAUAUUGAAAAUUUUAAGGCUGAAUUAGAAAAAAGACAGAAUGAAGAAUCUGAAGAACAAGAAAAUCAAGCCUCUCCUGCAGCAGUAGCCGAAUCGUAGUUACUUUAAAAAUCGUAGUCAUAAUAUAGUAUUUUUUUGUUUCAAUCAGCGACAUGCACUUUUACCUAGUCAUACUAAUCAUUUCUCGACGAUUUACUAAAAACUUAAUAUACUUGCUUAUGUUUCAUCUGGUAUGUACAUUGAGUACAAUCGCUUCUAUGAUUCUAAGAAUCUUAGAAAUUAGUAUAUUCGUUCGAUAUACCAGAUUGAAGUAUAAAGUCAUAUUCUUAGGUAAAAUGAAACACUGAGUUAGUCAACAGUAGUGAAAUAAUAACUGUAGGAAUUAUUAAUCAAUAAAAUUGAUCAACAGAG